AUGGCGCCAGCGGAUCACCCUUAUCAAAAACUCGACAUCGACGAGCGAGUCAAACGAGUCCUUCUCGAGACACCUCUCAUUGAUGGCCAUAAUGACUUACCGCAGCAGCCGCGAGCAUGUUUCCAGGGCAAGAUACACAACAACCCCAAGUUCGACUUUGCAAAUGGCUUCGAGAGGGGCAUGACGGAUAUCCCUCGGUUGAGGGAAGGUGCUGUCGGCGGCCAGUUCUGGUCCAUCUGCGUGCCAUGUCUCAGGUCCGCGGAGAACUUCUCCACUCCCGAGUACUCGGAUAUGGCGCGCGACGCGAUCGAGCAGAUCGACCUGACGCUGCGUCUUGUUGAGUCGUACCCUGAGACUUUCGAGCUGGUGCGUGGACCGGAUGACGUGAAGGGAAUCUAUGAGUCGGGCAGGAUUGCUUGCUCUAUUGGCAUCGAAGGACUGCACAUGGCUGGCAAUAGCAUCGGCAUAAUCAGAGCCUUUUACCGUUUGGGUGUCAGAUACUGUACUCUCACUCAUGUCUGUAACAAUGCCUUUGCCGACAGCUCAACAUCAAAGAUUGGGCCAGUCCAUGGUGGCCUGUCUAAGCUGGGACGCUCGGCAGUAGUCGAGAUGAACAGACUAGGAAUGAUAAUAGACAUCUCCCACGUCUCAGAGGACUGCGCAAAGCAAGUUCUCGAACUCUCCCGCGCACCAAUCAUGUUCUCCCACUCCAACGUCAAAGGCGUCUUCGACUGCCCCCGCAACGUGCCGGACCAUAUCCUCGAAAUGGUCCCUGCCAACAACGGCAUUGUGAUGGUCACCUUUGUCCCUGAGCAUGUGACUACUCGAAGAAGGGACGCCAAGAUGGACAUGGUCCUCGAUCACUUGUUCUACAUCGCUGAGCGUAUUGGCUGGGAUCACGUCGGCCUCGGUUCAGACUUUGAUGGCAUUGCGUCUGUCAUCCCCGGCCUGGAGGACGUCAAGUGCUAUCCGAACCUUUUGAAAGCUAUCCUUGACCGCGGUGCGACAGAGGAACAGCUUGCCAAGGUCGCUGGCGAGAAUAUCUUGAGGGUAUGGCGCGGCGUGGAGAAGAUCAGGGAUGAGAUGAAAGCUGAGGGAGUCUUACCGAUCGAGGAUGUUUGGGAAGAUCGGACUUGGUGGAGAUAUGACGGGUAUUAUCAGAUGCCUGACCCCGAUCCCGAGGAUAAACUAGGCCUGGAUUGGUACGGCGUUCCGCCUCCGGAUGAAGGUCUGUAUCUUGAAGACAAAUAA